AUGGCAGAGGAAGCUAUAGAGGAAGAGGUGAUGGUAGAGGUGGCGGACAACAAUAUGGCAAAGGUGGUGGGCAGCAGUAUGGUAGAUGUGAUGGACAACGAUAUGGCAAAGGUGGUGGACAACCAUAUGGACAUCGCAACAUCGAAGCCGCCGGCGUCUCCCCUUUCCUCACCGCCCCUGCUGCACCUGCACCCCCGAUCUCUCUCCACUCUUCUACGCCCCAGGCUUCAGUUCAAGUACCCGUCUCCUGCCUUCUACUGCCUUCUCUCCUCUCUAUUAUCCAACCUGAUGGCAGCAACAAGUGCUGAUGAUGUUGACAUGGGUGAUGGAGGCACACCAGUGCAGCCUAACACGCACAAGAGGAACUCCGAUGACAUGGGAUGGGAGUGGGGGUUCAAUUCGAAUCCUAAUGACAAGACGAAGCUGAAGUGCAAGUUGUGUGGACAUGAGAGUACUGGAGGCAUCAACCGAUUGAAACAUCAUCUUGGCCAUGUUGGCAAUGUUGUGUCAAAGUGCAAGAAGGUCAGCGAGGAAGUGAAGGAAAGAUGCAGGGAAAAUAUUGAAGAAACUAGUAAGAAGAAGAGGGACAAGGCCAUGAAUGACAAAGAGAUCAGAGAAGGCGUGUUGAUUUCAGCAGGGCACACAGAUGGUGAAGAGUCACAAUCAAGGGCGGGUAGCUCUGUACAGCCUUCUAAGCUAGGCCCCAUGGAAAAAUUCACGCGCCCCAUUGAUCCAAAAGCAACUAGGGCUGAAGCUUUGAAACAGCAGAAUAUUAACGAAGCACUUAACAAAGAGAGAACACAGCAGACUGCAAGAUAUGUUGCAAGAUCCAUUCCCUUCAAUGCUAUUGAUAAUGAUGAAUUUUUAGAGAUGGCUGAGGCAAUUGGAUGCUUUGGUCCUGGUUUUAAGCCUCCUUCCCCAUAUGACCUGCGAGAGACAUUGCUGAAAGCUGAGUACGCAAGAAAUCAAAGUCUGUUGAAGGAUCGUGAAGAAGAUAAGUUAAAGAAUGGAUGCACCAUUAUGACUGAUGCUUGGACAGACAUGAAGAGAAGGAGUAUAAUGAACAUGUGCACAAAUACAAGUGAGGGGACAACUUUCAUGAAGUCAAAGGAGAUGUCAGAUGUGUCCCAUACAAGUGAUGCGAUAUUUACACUGGUGGACAAGGCCAUAGAGGACGCAGGACCAGAUCAUGUGGUGCAAGUUGUGACUGAUAAUGCAUCCAACAACAUGGGAGCAAAGACAAUGUUGAAGGAUAAGAGGCCUAACAUUUCCUGGAGCUCGUGUGCGACCCAUACCAUCAACUUGAUGCUGCAGGGAAUUGGCAACCUGCCAAAGUUCAAGAAGACAAUUGACCAAGCAAAGAGUUUCACCAUAUUCGUGUAUGGACACCACCGCACAUUGUCUUGUAUGCGCUCCUUCACCAAAAAGAAGGAGAUCAUCAGGCCAGGAGUGACCAGAUUUGCAUCAUCCUUCCUCACGUUGCAAAGCAUGCUUGAUAAGAGGGAUCAACUAAGGAGGAUGGUUGUACAUCAGAGGUGGGAAACACUCGCAGAUGUGAGGUCAAAAAAGGGCAAGGAAGCAACAACCACAGUUCUAAGUCAGACCUUAUGGAACAAUGUUCACCUUUGCUUGAAGGUUUUCGAGCCUUUGGUCAAGCUUCUUCGUUUGGUUGAUGGGGAUGUUAAACCAUCAAUGGGUUUCCUAUAUGGAGAACUGCUCAAGGCUAAGAGAUAUCAGAGAUGCCUUUGGUAA